AUGGGUGUUUCAUGUUCAACAAACCUGCAACCAUCAGUAUCAUCAGGAUCAGAUUUAUCUAGCUAUAAAAAUCAUAAUAGACACACUUCUCCUGUUAAACUUAAAAAAUCAAAUUCUACAGGAAAUUAUAAUUCUAGUUCUUCUUCAAGGAGAAGUUCUUCGAGUAAACACAGAUCCUCAUCAAGAGGGGGAACAGCCUCUAUGUCUGAUAAGGAGAGAAGAAGAAGAAGGAAAGAAGAGGAAAACAGUGCACCAGAUAACUUCUCUCUUCGGGAAACAAUGAGAAGAAGCUCGUCAGCUUACCUUGAAUAG